AUGGACAAGCCAACCCAAAUGAAUGUGCUCGUCGAUGACCAGUCCGAAGCCUCGGACGACGAGAAUGUGUACAGGGUGUUGGAUGGAAAAGUUUUGGCAUCGGAUGGAUGCGAUUUGUACGACUUGGAUCAUACCGAUCCAGCUGUUCGGCAAUUUUUACUGUUUGCAAAGACGCUGCGUUUCACCGGGAUCCGAUACACGGCUUUUGACUCGAAGCUGGCGAUAGCUUUCAAAAUAUUCUAUCAACUUGUGAUGGUGGCACUUGCAUUUUAUACGGUGGGCUACGACUUGUUUCACACCAUAAACCUACCAGAUGGCGUCUCAGGCACCACCUAUCAGGAUGCUAUUUGGUGCCUACAAGCUCUGAUCUGCCAAGCUUUCCUCACGGCAAACCAAAUGCAACUUUCUGUGGGAAAAUUUUUCCAUAUCUACCGACACGCCAGGAUUGAUGAUCAUGGAAUGACAACGCCCGAUGACGAAACCACCGUUCAAUUCAUCAGCAGCUGCCGUCACCCGAAGCAGGGUUCGCCGUUCGGCCGUCUCGCCAUCUACAAGGGCUACGAAUUCCGGCUGAACCGCCGCAAUGUCCUCAAGGGCGGCCAGGUCCAAUUGUACUGGAAUUGCGCGGGUGCUGGAUGCAAAGUGAGGAUGAACACGGAUGAGGCCGGGCAUUUGCUGAAAUACCCGAAGGAGCACGACCACGAGAGGCCGGAAAGGAAGUUGGCCACGCAGCGUUUGAAGGAGGCGGUGCGUGCUGCGGUGACCCAGGCGCCUUGGCUACCAGUCGGCGGACUCAUCGCCGAUACUCUCGCCGAUCUUCCGGAGACGUCUUCCCGCCCUUCGGCCUCUAGCCUCAAGCAAUUCGCGCGCCGCGAGAGGAUCCGUGAACUUCGCUCGUUUAUCUUUUGCCAACAGAAUUCGCAAGGCGUUCCGGUUCCGGCAUUUGAUGCGGAAAUGGUUCCUGAAGACAAGCCCGUCACUUCGCUAAACGAUUUGCUUUCGGCAACCGUUCCUGAUGAAGAGCCCGUCACUUCCCUCAAGUCGCUUGACGCUUUGCUGCAAUUCGCGCCGAAUGAUCCGGAAACUCUUCCGGAAGAAAAGCCCGUCACCUCGCUCGACGAUUUGCUUCAAUUCCAACCUGCUGAUCCGGAAGACAAUCCUGAAACUGCCCUCAAUUCUCUGCACGAUUUGUUUCAAUUCACCCCUUCUGAUCCGGAGGUUGUUAUUCCUAAAGAAAAGCCCGACACUUCCCUCAAUUCGCUCAAGGCUUUGUUGAAAUUGGCCCCUUAUAAUCCGGAAGUCGUUAUUCCCGAGGAAAAACCCGACAAUUCCCUUAACUCUCUUCACGAUUUGUUUAAAUCCACCUCCAGCGGUCCGGGAGUUGUUGUUCCUAAAGAAAAGCCCGACCCUUCCCUCAAUUCGCUCAGGGCUUUGUUGAAAAUGACCCCUCAUCACCCGAAAGUCAAUAUUCCUGACGAAAAGCCCGACACUUCCCUCGAAUCGCUCAACGCUUUUUUGAAAUUCGCCCCGAAUAACACGGAAGUUGUUAUUCCUGAGAAAAAGCCCGACACUUCCCUCAACUUUAUUAACGAUUUGUGUAAAUUCAUCCCUCAUAACCCGGAAGUUGUUACGCUGAACGGAAAGCCCUACAUUUCCCUCGAUUCGCUCAAGGCUUUGUUGACAUUCAUCCCGAAUAACCCGGAAAAUAUUUCUGACGAAAACCCCGACAUUUCCCGCGAUUAUGUGAAGGAUUUCCUCCAAUUUACGCCCUCG